AUGAAGAUUCAAUCGUCCUCCCUACUACUUCUCCUCCUUCCGGCACUUUCAACAGCCACAACAAGCACAAACUCAGUUGGCGAUUCAUCUGAUCGCUCAUCUGGCAAAUUCUCGAACAUUGAUACCAGAUAUGUUGAUACAGACUCGCUUGCGGCCGCAAAUGCUGUAAAAGGGUCGCUGGACGUCCCUGUAGACGGCAAGGAUGGCAGGCCACAUGCGGGUCCCUGGGUAGAAACCAGUGCGGAAAGAGACCGCAAGAGUGGUAGAGCAAGUGAUGAUUUAGAUCUAUCUUCAUCAAAAUUUGACUCCAAGAUCCCGUCAUCCGAUCACCUCAGCACAGAGGAAGGGAAAAUGAUCCCGCACUCCAACGAUGGCGUUAUGGAUGACCCAAACCGAACGGGUCCGAAAGAAGGCACUCGUGGCACGGAGGGCGGAGUAUCAGAGAAAGGGAAGGGAAGUCAGUAUAGUGCUGAGAAGGUGCCUGGAAGCCCUAAGGAGGCACUACCGCUGCCACAUAGUGAGAAACAGAAAUUUCCCUCGGACAACGAUGACACUGUAGGCAGCGGAAGUCGAACUGCUGAGGGGGCGGGCACUCUUGGCAUGCUGGAAAAACCUGCCGAUCUGCCCGACAAGCCGCACGAUAUCCCUCAUCCAAAAUCUCCUUCCCAGGCCAAAGACGAUCCCCUGGCUGUCCAGCAUGGCACGCCCGGUUCAGGUUCUUAUCACAGCUCCUCUGGCACCUACCAACAUGACAUGGGUGCUCCCGAGGAAAGCGACGGACUUCAUUCCCUCAUGUUCUCUUUCACCAUGAUCAUUGUUUCUGAAAUCGGUGAUAAGACCUUCCUUGUCGCAGCACUCAUGGCCAUGCGCCACCCGCGUCUAGUCGUAUUCACUUCUGCAUUCUGUGCCUUGGCUACCAUGACAGUCUUGUCAGCUGUGCUUGGACAUGCCGUUCCUACACUCAUUCCAAAGGGCCUUACUAAGUUUAUCGCCGCAAUCCUGUUCCUUGUCUUUGGUGCCAAGAUGUUCAAGGAAGGCCGAGAGAUGUCCCCUGAUGAAGGUGUUGGAGAGGAGAUGCGGGAGGUUGAGAUGGAACUGGAGGAGAAAGAGCAAGAACAAAUCCGCAUGGGUCGCCGUCGUUCAUCUGUUACCCCUCAGUCCCUCGAAGCUGGCCGUGCUCCCAAGGCUCGUGGCUCGCACAACCGCCUGCCCUCACCCCCCGAGAGCAUCUCCUCGUCCUCCUCUCGUGGCUCAUCUCCUCACCCUCAGCGUCGCUGGAACGACCUUCUGAAUGGAGUCAGCAACCUCUUUUCUCUUCUGCUAAGCCCUGCUUGGGUGCAAACUUUUGUUAUGACUUUCCUUGGUGAAUGGGGUGAUCGCAGCCAGAUUGCCACUAUUGCGAUGGCAGCUGGUCAAGACUACUGGUGGGUUACAAUUGGAGCCACUGUUGGCCACGGAAUUUGUACUGCUGCCGCCGUCAUUGGUGGACGUGCGAUAGCCGGUCGUGUCAGCAUGCGUGUUGUGACUUUGGGUGGUGCUGCGGCAUUCCUUGUCUUUGGUGUCAUUUAUCUUAUUGAAGCGACAUUUUAA